UAUAUCCAAAAUCACCACUUCACUCACUCAAUCACCAAGCUUUCAAAUAUCUUCUCUCUUCUCUCCAUUCAUAGAUUCUUAAUUUACUCACUACUUUGAGUUCACAAUUGUUUACAUCUUUGUUUCUUUCAAGAAAAAUCAACUAGCAAUGGCACUUGAAGCUUUGAAUUCUCCAACUACCACAACCCCACCCUCAUUUCAAUUUGAGAAAACCACUCAAAGCUACCUUGAAUCUUGGACAAAAGGCAAGAGAUCAAAACGACCUCGUAGCAUCAUGGAGCAACAACCAACUGAAGAAGAAUACUUAGCUUUCUGUCUUCUCAUGCUCGCACGUAGCGGUAAUAAUAAUUUUACUACUACAACCAAUUCAAUAACACCCGUUAUAUCAAACAAUUUGUACAAGUGUUCAGUGUGUGGUAAGUCUUUUGGUUCUUAUCAAGCUUUAGGAGGACACAAAGCUAGUCACCGUACUAAAGUACUCCUUAACGGAGAUAAAGUCAACGAAAACGCCGUUACAACCGCGACCAGUGCCACGUCAGCUAACAACGUUAGCGGAAAGACUCACGAGUGUUCCAUUUGUCACAAGACUUUUCCAACUGGACAAGCUUUGGGUGGUCAUAAAAGGUGUCACUACGAGUGGAAGGUGACGUCAUCGUCAUCGAGCGGUGUGGGGUCCACGAGCAGCCAACGUGGCUGCUUUGACUUGAAUAUUCCGGCUUUGCCAGAAUUUUGGCCGGGUUUUGGCUCAGGCGAGGAGGAGGUGGAAAGUCCUCAUCCAGCUAAGAAAUCGCGACACUUGCUGCCAACUAAACUUGGAAUUAUUCCAACAACAGUAGGGCUUGAAGACUUGAACAAAACUAUACAAAUUUAGUUGAUGAGUUAGUUCUUCAAUUAGUUGUUAUAUGAUUCAUGGGAGGGUGGAUAAUUUAUUUUUUUUGUAAAUAUCGAGUACACUUGGUAAAAGUGGUUAUUUGAUUAUUUCAUUUUAGAAACAAAAUGUUCCUUACCAAAAAAGAUUAGAUUUUAAGGUGACCAUGUCCACGCUCAACUGGAAAAAUGUGCA